CCAUUGGGGUAUCUCAAUUGUCCCAACAAUUUCCCAAUUUCUCUUUGCAUGACAAGUUACCGUUGCACCGGUUAUUUCAGUAUGAAUAAGUACAGAAAAUGGCGGUUCUGUAGCGCCAACAAUGACAGACACAAACCCUAAUUUUCACUGGUUCGAGCACAAUUCCAACCAUUCAUGGCCAAUUAUUCAAUCACAAAUAUCAGGGAUUGGAAGUUGGGCAUUGUGUUUUGUGCUUUCCGCAGUUAAAGCACUGCAAUGUCAUAUUCAGGCUCUAAUGGUUCUCCAAUACCGCAAAUAUCUCAUCAGUUUGAACUUGAGGGAGGAUUGAAGCUGCAGGUUAAUGUUAGGGCCGCUUCAAAUGGAAACCCCACAAGAGUUGAUUUUCAACUUACAUACUGUAGGAGAGAGUUGCUUCUUCAAUGGGGUGGCCUAUAUCAUGGCCAAACGAAUUGGGUUCUUCCAUCUGAUCGUCGCCCUUAUGGAACUCGGACCUGGAAAGACCACGCAUUGCAAACACCGUUUGCUAAGCAUGGAGAGACUUGGUUGCUUACAAUUGAAAUGCGAGACACGAGAAUCCAUGCUAUUGAGUUUGUUUUGAAAGAUGAAAUACAGGAUAAAUGGCUGAAGAACAACCAAGGGAACUUUCGAAUUCAGAUUCCGAGAUGUGAUCCUUAUGCUUCCCUUUCAUCAAUACCUCAUGAAUUAGUACAACUGAAGGCAUAUUUAUCGUGGGAAAGAAAGGGAAAGCCAAGAAAUUCACCCCAGCAGGAAAAGCAAGACUAUGAAGCUGCCCUGAAGGAUCUUCAGGCUCAAUUAUCAAUGGGACUUAGCUUAGCUGAUAUCAGGAGUAGUUUGCAGGCGUCAAAUACCGACAGGAAUGCUGAAAACAAAGGAAACACAAAUACCGACAGGAAUGCUGAAAACAAAGGAAACCGGACGUUGGCUAGUAAUAUUACCCCUUCUCCUGAUUAUCAAAAAACAUAUACUACUACUCCUGUUUCUCAUAAGCGAUGGAAUGUUGAUCAAUGGAUAAACAAAUGUAUUGAUGCAAAUGCUCAAACCAAGGGCACAUGUUUGCCAGCUUCGAGCUUAUUAGCUCUGGUUGAGAAGUUAGUUCCAGAUUCAGAUCAAGGCAACGUGGUCCGAAGGCACAUAUUUAAAGUUGGAAGCCAUGAAGUGGUGGCGCUUCUAAUGACUUUAAGAGAUGACAAGCACUUACUACUUGGUGUUGAUAUGGAAGAUUAUGCAGUGCUCCACUGGGGUGUCUCGAAGCAGUCAUCUGGUGAAUGGUUGGCUCCUCCAUUAGAAAUUGUGCCUCAAAGGUCCAAGAUGCUUGAUGGAGCAUGCCAGUCAUACUUCGACAAGAAGUCCACUAGUGGAAUAUCUUUUCAGCAAUGUCUGGAUAUCAAUUUGAGGCAAACGGAGUUCAUCGGAUUGCAUUUUAUCCUUUGGUCUGGUGGAACCUGGAUUAAAAACGAGGGCUCAAACUUUUACAUAAACCUAAAGUUGAGUGUGGGAGAUGGGAAAGGAGUGGUCAAACAGUUGCUUGAUGAAAUAUCUGAAAGAGAGAAGGACGCAGAGAGAUCACUCAUGCACAGGUUUAGUAUUGCAACAGACCUAAUUGAAAGGGCCAAAAAUGAAGGGGAAUUGGGCCUUGUUGGAAUGUUGGUUUGGUUGAGAUUCAUGGCGUGCAGACAACUCACAUGGAAUAAAAAUUACAACGUUAAACCACGUGAGAUCAGUGCAGCUCAACAUAAGCUUACAGAUUCACUGCAAAGAAUAUAUAUGGACGAACCAAAUUACAGGGAAAUUGUUCGUUUAAUUAUGUCAAGUAUAGGCCGUGGUGGUGAAGGUGAUGUUGGGCAGCGUAUACGGGAUGAAAUAUUGGUACUUCAGAGAAAUAAUGACUGCAAGGGUGGAAUGAUGGAAGAGUGGCAUCAAAAGUUGCAUAACAACACAAGCCCAGAUGAUGUCAUCAUUUGUCAGGCUCUCUUGGAUUAUGCCAAGAGUGAUUUCAAUAUUGCUGUUUAUUGGAAAACGUUGAAUUCAAAUGGCAUUACAAAGGAAAGGCUUGCAUGUUAUGAUCGACCAAUUGUAUCAGAACCUCAAAUCAAGAGGAAUGUUAAGGACGGAUUCAUUCGGGACCUCACAUCCUACUUGAGAACGUUAAAGGCCGUACAUUCUGGGGCUGAUCUUGAUUCUGCAAUUGCAACCUGUUUGGGUUACUCCUCAAAGGGUCAUGAUUUUAUGGGUGGAGUUGCCAUUCGCCCUGUUGGUGGAUUGUCUGCAAAGCUUACGGAAUGUUUAAAAUUUGUCCAAGCACAUGUUGAGGAUUAUCACACUGGUCCACUAUUAGAGAAACUACUGGAAUCUCGCUGUGAGCUUCGACCACUCCUGCUUAAACCACAUGAAAGGCUCAAGGAUCUUAUAUUCUUGGAUAUUGCUUUAGACUCCACUAUUAGAACAUCCAAGGAAAGUGGGCACGAGAGACUUAGGAAUGCCCAACCAAAGGAUGUUAUGUACUUCAUCACUUUAAUGCUUGAAAAUCUGUGCCUUUCGUCUGUCAACAAUGAAGAACUGGUUUUCUGCAUUAAGGACUGGUAUCGUGUGACUGAUUUGCAUGAAUCUAAUGAUGAGCUAUGGGCUUUGCAAGCAAAGGCUGUUCUUGACCGUAUUCGCCUGAUACUUGCUGAUAGGGCCGAAUGCUAUCAUAAUAUUUAUCAACCAAGUGCAGAGUAUCUUGGUGUUCUGCUCAGGGUGGAGAGAUGGGCAAUCAGCAUUUUCACAGAAGAACUAAUACGGUCAGGAUCUGCUGCUUGUCUCUCCUUGCUUCUCAACCGUCUUGAUCCCAUUCUUCGAAGUGUCACAAAUCUGGGCAGUUGGCAGAUUAUUAGUCCUGUGGAAGUGCGUGGCAUUGUGACUGUUGUGGAAGAUAUAGCUAAGAUUCAGGAGAAUGUUUAUAGGCAACCAACUGUCAUGAUUGCAAAUAAAGUGAAGGGGGAUGAAGAAAUUCCUGAUGGGGUAGUGGCUGUUUUGACCCCUGAUAUGCCAGAUGUUCUUUCCCACAUUGCUGUACGAGCCAGAAAUAGCAAGGUUUGCUUUGCCACCUGCUUUGAUAAAGACAUUCUUGGGGAUCUAAAAUCAAAGAAAGGGAGGGCAAUAUUAGUUCAACCUAGCACAACAAGUUUGGUUUACAGUGAACUAAGAAGCUCAGACUUAUCUAAUGAGUCAUUGUCAUCCUUUAUUCCUGCUAUUGCUUUAAAGAAGAAGACCUUCAGUGGGAAAUAUGCCAUCUCAUUUGAGGAGUUCACUAGUGAACUGGUGGGUGCAAAGUCUGUUAACAUUCAAUACUUGGGAAGAAAGCUUCCAUCAUGGGUAAAGGUUCCAAUCUCAGUUGCUCUACCAUAUGGAGUAUUUGAGGCUGUCCUGCGAGAAGUUGUGAAUAAGGAUGUGGCGAACCAAGUUGUUUCUUUAAGCAGAAUUGUUGCAGCUGGAAACCUUUCCAAACUACAUGACAUAAGACAAACCAUUUUACAAUUGAAAGCUCCUUCUCAACUGAUCAAUGAACUUAGUAGCAAGAUGAAAACCAAGAGGAUGCCAUGGCCUGGUGAUGAGGGUGAAGGAAGAUGGAACCAAGCGUGGUUAGCAAUAAAGAAGGUUUGGGCUUCAAAGUGGAAUGAAAGAGCCUAUAUUAGCAUACAAAAAGCCAAAAUGGAUCAUAAUAGCCUUUGCAUGGCUGUCCUGGUUCAAGAAAUUAUAUGUGCUGAUUAUGCUUUUGUGAUCCACACCAAAAAUCCCUUAUCAGGGAACCCUACGGAGAUUUAUGCUGAGAUUGUUAAAGGUUUGGGAGAAACUCUAGUGAGUGCUUAUCCAGGUCGAGCUAUGAGCUUUGUAACCAAAAAAUCUGAUUUGAACUCACCCAAGGUUCUUGGUUAUCCAAGCAAGCAAAUAGGCCUUUUUAUCAAGAGGUCCAUCAUAUUCAGAUCAGACUCUAAUGGUGAAGACUUGAAAGGCUACUCUGGUGCUGGGCUUUACGACAGUGUGCCCAUGGAUAAAGAGGAUAAGGUGGUAGUGGACUAUUCUUCUGAUAGAUUGAUAGUUGAUAGAGCUUACCAGAAAUAUAUAUUUUCAAAGAUUGCAUUAGUUGGGAAAGUAAUUGAAGACCUCUAUGGCUCUGCCCAAGACAUUGAAGGGGUGGUUAAAGAUGGAGAAAUAUACGUCGUUCAGACAAGGCCACAAAUGUAAUGAGUUGUAAAUUCAAGUAUAGUUUAUGCUAAAUAAUGGGGGAUGGACAGGGUCUUCCUGAUAGGCUUUUUUCCUUUUGAUCUUGGCCUUAUUUCAAAUAAAUAAAUUACAAUAAGAUAUUUAUUGAGCCCUUUUAAUUGUGAUAUUUCAAGUUGGAUUAGUGAUGAAAGUUACAUGUAGAAAUUCAUGAUUGUAAUGUAUGUGCAUUCCUCUCUC